GCUGAGAGAGAGAGAGAGAGAGAUGCUGGGGGAUGGGGGAUGCUGACAACACGACUGCCAUUGGCUGGACUGCGUGAUGAAUUAUGAAUAAACAGCAUUGUGGUUCAGCAGCAUCUCUCUGCUCAGGUGUCUUAAACAUGUUUUUCACAUCACAUUUUAUUUCUUGGACGUGUGAUGCAAAUCCUGUUGCAAUGUGGAUGAAGGCAUAAAUGAGCAGAGAGGGAGAGAGAUCCAGCGUUUGCCUGCGGAGGACAACAAUCUACGUCACAACACUGGAUAAUAAGAGUUAAUGGAGAAUAUGAACGUGUCGCACGCGCCGGUGUCGUGUGAACUGCAUCUGAAGCAUGUGGCUGAUAUGGCAGAAAUAUGAAGAAUGCUUUGAGCAGCUGUCAACACGGUAAUCCCACGCUGCACUGCUCACAGCAUGGACUCCAACAGUGAUGGAAAGGAGGAAUGGUCAGAGGAGCAGUGGGAGAAAUGGCUGACACAUGACAUAGGUUUGGAUGAAUUUGAAGAUGCAGAUUUGUCAGAAAUCACAGAGAUCAGAGAUGAAUUUGUCCUCAGGUCCAGCUGUAACGCCUCCGAGAUCGAGGAUCAUGUGACGCAGGCAGCCAGUAGUGGUGAAGAUAAGAUGGAGGGAGGCGCGGCAGGUCGGGACGGGACCUCACGUCACACUGAACCAUCCGACAGGAGUCAGAGAGCGACGCGCUCACACCACAGCAAGGCUCCUGCUGCGGAUUCUGCUCCUCCUGUCGCCAUGGAGACCUACCGUCCCAAAAGACCAACCACUCUCAACCUGUUCCCAAAGAUUCCACGCACACAGGACACUUUAAACAACAACUCGCUGGCAAAGAAGUUCAGCUGGCAGGAGAAAAUCUCUCAGACUUCAUCACCGCUUAAAACAGGUGAUCUGACCCCCUCGCGCGAGCACGUGUGUCUCAGUGAUGACGAGAAGAUCCAACAGGCCAGCGGGACCGCUCGGACACAAAUGAAGGACUGCGGCACAUCGACAGACCAGCCGCCCGGCGACGGACCCUCGAGAGCCCCCCACACUCAACCCUGCAGAGCCGUGACCCGCAGAGAGACGAGCACCUGCGAGCGGAUCCGUUACCACACCGACGUGCGUCUGGAGCCGACCGAAGAGAUCUAUCUGACCCCGGUACAGCGCUGCACCGACGCCCCGGAGCCCGAGAGACCCUCGGUGCUCCCUCUCGCGCCCCUCAGUUCCGACAGCGAAGCCCCUCCACCCUACCAGUCCCCGUUCCACGAGCAGAUCGAGCUCCAUCCGCCUCCUUACGCCUCGUGCGUGGAGGCUUUGGCCGACCGCGGCGGACAUGAGGUCACCGGAGACCUGUGCUACAGAGACUGCGGUGCAGGUGAGGCCCCUCACGAGAGUCUGUCGGGGCCCCUGAUGCAUUCUGGGAUACUGAGCAACUCGGACACGAGCGGACUGUCUUACGAUUCGGUGAAGUACACUCUGGUGGUGGAUGAACACGAUCAGCUGGAGCUGGUCAGUCUGAGGGACUGUUACCAUGGUUACAGCGAUGACAGCGACACGGCGACGGUCUACGACAACUGCGUGUCAUCUCCAUACGAGAGAGAUUACGAGGAGGAUGAUGACGACGACGAGGGGAGAAAUCGAGAUGAAGCCUCCACCUGCCCGUCAGAGAGCUCCACCCCCGACGGACCGCUUUCUCGGAAGUUCGUCAACGUGUUCAUGAACGGCUGCUCGCGCUCAUCCAGUGCAGAAUCAUUCGGUCUGUUUUCCUGCAUGAUCAACGGUGAGGAACGAGUGCAAACGCACAGAGCUGUUUACAGGUUUGUUCCCCGCCACAAAGAUGAGCUAGAGCUGGAUGUCCGUGACCCUCUGCUGGUGUUGGUGGAGGAUGAAGAUUUCUGGUACGAGGGGGUUAACAUGAGAACGGGGGCGCAAGGAAUCUUUCCUGCAUAUUACGCCACCGAGGUCUUCAAAGAGCCCGAAGUCUCCUUAAAGACUGCAGGUUGUGAAUGGACGGAUGAGUUCAGACUGAAGUUUCUUGGAUCUGUUCAGGUGCUUCAUCACAAAGGCAAUGACGUGCUGUGUGCUGCCAUGCAGAAGAUUGCUGUGAACAGACGACUGACGCUUCACUAUAAUCCGCCAUCAUCCUGCAGUCUGGAGGUCAGCGUGAAAGGACUCAAGCUCACCGCACACGAUCACUUUCAAAGUGGCUCCCAAUACAGUCACUUCUUCCAUCUGAAAAACAUCUCGUUCUGUGGAUAUCAUCCCAAAAACAGAAAGUAUUUUGGUUUCAUUACGAAACACCCGGCUGAUGAAAGAUUUGCGUGUCACGUGUUUGUGUCUGCAAACUCCACGAAACCUCUGGCACAAUCUGUCAGAAAAGCCUUUCACUCAUACUACAAAGAGUUUGUGGAGGUCUCGUGUCCAACAGAAGACAUCUAUCUGGAGUAAUGCUGAUGUCCUCUCUUCAGUCAUGUGUACAGAACAAUA